AUGUCCAGCGUUCCAUCUAUUUACGAGUCCACCCAACCAACAACGUCGGCUUUCAACACGCCAGACUACAACCCACAGCUCGUGAAAGGCGUGGAGUCCGUUUUAGUGAUCGGCUCCGGUGGUCUUUCCAUUGGCCAAGCGGGAGAAUUCGACUACUCAGGAUCGCAGGCUAUUAAGGCUCUGAAGGAGGCUAACAAGAGAACUAUUCUUAUCAACCCGAACAUCGCGACAAACCAGACGUCGCACUCUCUGGCAGAUGAAGUAUACUACCUGCCAGUUACCCCCGAAUACAUCACUUACAUCAUCGAGCGCGAAAGGCCAGACGCUAUUCUGUUGACUUUCGGUGGCCAAACCGGUCUGAAUUGCGGUGUUGCUCUGGAUAAGCUGGGUGUGCUGCAGAAAUACGGCAUCAAGGUUUUAGGAACACCCAUCAAGACUCUGAUAACCUCAGAAGACAGAGACCUUUUCGCCCAGGCGCUGAAGGAAAUCAACAUCCCUACUGCCGAGUCCUUCGCAUGCGAGACUGUCGACGAGGCUUUGUCUGCUGCGGCGAGAGUUCAAUAUCCAGUCAUCGUCAGAUCCGCCUAUGCUUUAGGUGGUCUGGGCUCUGGCUUUGCCAACAACGAAGGCGAGAUGAAGGAGCUUGCGGCCCAGGCCUUAUCUCUAUCCCCACAAAUUCUGGUUGAAAAGUCCCUGAAGGGCUGGAAGGAGGUCGAGUACGAAGUUGUCCGUGACAGAGUAGGAAACUGUAUCACCGUGUGUAACAUGGAGAACUUUGACCCUCUAGGUGUUCACACUGGUGACUCCAUCGUUUUUGCUCCUUCGCAGACAUUGUCUGACGAAGAGUUCCACAUGUUGAGAACUGCCGCUAUCAAGAUCAUUAGACACCUGGGUGUUGUGGGUGAGUGUAACGUCCAGUACGCGCUACAACCAGAUGGUUUGGACUAUAGAGUAAUUGAGGUUAAUGCCCGUUUGUCCCGUUCCUCUGCUUUGGCUUCGAAAGCUACCGGAUACCCACUGGCCUACACUGCUGCCAAGAUCGCUCUCGGCUACACCCUACCUGAGCUUCCUAACCCCGUCACUAAAACCACUGUUGCAAACUUUGAACCCUCAUUGGAUUACAUUGUUGCAAAGAUUCCUCGUUGGGAUUUGUCAAAGUUCCAACAUGUCAACAGAUCAGUUGGCUCGUCAAUGAAGUCCGUGGGUGAGGUCAUGGCCAUUGGUAGAAACUUCGAGGAAGCCUUCCAAAAAGCCAUCAGACAGAUCGACCCCUCCUUCUUGGGUUUCCAGGGAUCUGACGAGUUCGGCGACAAACUAGAUGACGUUCUCGCUAACCCAACUGACAGAAGAUGGCUCGCAAUUGGCCAGGCUUUGAUCUACGAAGGCUACUCCGUCGAGAAAGUUCAUGAGCUAUCUAAGGUUGACUCUUGGUUCUUGUACAAGUGCAUGAACCUUGUCGACAUGUACAAGGAACUGGACGCCGUGAACAAACUCGAGGACCUCGACAAGGAUUUGUUGACUAGAGCUAAAAAGAUGGGAUUCUCUGACAAGCAGAUUGCUGUUUCCAUUAACAAGGGCAGUGAGGCCAACGUGCACGAGCUAGACGUUAGAAAAGUCAGAAAGUCUUUCGGCAUUGUACCUUUCGUCAAGAAGAUCGACACUCUAGCCGCCGAGUUUCCUGCAAACACCAACUACCUGUACACAACUUACAACGCAACCAAGAGCGACAUUGACUUCAAUGACAACGGUGUCUUGGUUUUGGGUUCUGGUGUUUACCGUAUCGGGUCUUCCGUCGAGUUCGACUGGUGUGCCGUGAACACCGCCAGAGCUUUGAGAGAGAAGGGCAAAAAAACCGUGAUGAUCAACUAUAACCCAGAAACAGUGUCUACUGACUUUGAUGAAGUCGACAGAUUGUACUUCGAAGAAUUAUCUUUUGAAAGGGUGAUGGACAUCUAUGAGUUGGAGAACUCCGAAAGCGCAGUUAUCUCUGUUGGUGGCCAGCUUCCUCAGAAUAUCGCUUUGAAGAUGCUGGAGAACGGUGCUAACAUUCUGGGUACUAGUCCUGUUGAUAUUGACAGAGCCGAGAACAGACACAAGUUCUCAUCCAUCUUGGACACUAUUGGCGUCGACCAACCUGAGUGGAGUGAACUGUCUUCUGUUGCAGAGGCAAAGGAGUUUUCGCAGAGUGUAGGCUACCCAGUUUUGAUCCGUCCAUCCUAUGUGCUGUCCGGUGCAGCCAUGAGCGUGGUGAACUCGGAGCACGAGCUGGAGACCAAGCUCACCAACGCCUCAGAUGUUUCUCCAGACCAUCCAGUUGUGAUCUCGAAGUUCAUUGAGGGUGCGCAGGAAAUUGACGUGGACGCCGUUGCUUACAAUGGUAAGGUUUUGGUCCACGCCGUUUCCGAGCAUGUAGAGAACGCCGGUGUCCAUUCUGGUGAUGCUACUCUGAUCCUUCCUCCUCAAUCCUUGAGCGAGAGCAUUAAGAACAGACUGUAUGAUAUCGCGCAGAAGGUCGCCGAAGCCUGGAAGAUCACUGGCCCAUUCAACAUGCAGAUUAUCAAAGACGACAGACACGCCGGCACUUCUUUGAAGGUUAUCGAAUGUAACAUCAGAGCUUCUAGAUCGUUCCCUUUUGUCUCCAAGGUGCUGGGAUGCAACUUUAUCGACGUCGCCGUCAAGGCCUUCUUGGGCGAUGAUGUGCCAAAGCCCGUCAACCUGAUGUCCGAGGAGUAUCCUUACGUGGCCACCAAGGUUCCACAGUUCUCCUUCACCAGACUAGCUGGCGCAGACCCCUUCUUGGGUGUUGAGAUGGCUUCAACGGGUGAGGUCGCGUCUUUCGGCAGAGAUGCCCUGGAGAGUUACUGGACUGCGAUGCAGAGCACCAUGAACUUUAGCGUGCCACUGCCACCUAGCGGUAUCCUGUUUGGCGGUGACCUGUCCAAGGAGUAUCUGGGCCAGGUCGCACAUACAAUCGGCACGCUGGGCUUCAAGGUCUACACAACAAGCGAGGACGCCAAGCAAUACCUCCAGAAGUACGUGCCCGCGUCGUGCGAGGUUGGAAUCAUCGAGUUCCCCAAGAACGACAAGAGAAAGUUGCGCGAGGUGUUCCAGCACUACGACAUCAAGGCCGUCUUCAACCUGGCCGCGAAGAGAGCCGAGUCGCUGCAGGACGUGGACUACGUCAUGAGAAGAAACGCGAUCGACUUUGCGUUGCCACUGUUCAACGAGCCCCAGACCGCGCUGCUGUUUGCCAAGGCUCUCAGCGCGAAGGUGGGCGAGAAGCUCAAGAUCCUAGAGUCCCAGGACGUGAUCGUUCCGCCAGAGGUGCGCACCUGGCACGAGUGGAUCGGCCAGAGACCCAUGUAG